CAGAGUAAAAUUUUUGGACGGAAAUAGUGUAUCCGUCCCGCCCCCACGGAGUUGACAAUUCCUAGAUGCGUUAUGCCCAUUCGAUUGAAUGCGUUUCAGUUUUCUCUUUUCCAAUUGUAUUUUCCAAAACCAUUCUUAUUCUGUGUUUUUCUUGCAGUAGUGACGGACCAGAUUGGGCAAGAAGUGAGGCAAAAGAAGUAACGUGAAAAUGUUUUUCCACAUAGUGCUGGAGCGAAAUAUGCUGCUGCAUCCACGAUACUUUGGUCGUAACCUUCGUGAUAAUCUUGUUUCCAAAUUAAUGAAAGACGUGGAAGGCACUUGCAGUGGUCGACAUGGAUUUGUGGUGGCAGUUACAGGGAUUGAAAACGUAGGGAAAGGGUUAAUUCGUGAUGGGACAGGGUUUGUGACAUUUCCUGUUAAGUACCAGUGUGUUGUCUUCAGACCAUUUAAGGGGGAGAUCGUAGAAGCUGUUGUUACCAUGAUGGGAUUUUUUGGGGAAGCUGGACCUGUCCAAAUCUUUGUUUCAAACCACUUGAUUCCGGAUGAUAUGGAGUUCCAGUCUGGAGACAUGCCAAAUUACACUACUUCAGAUGGAUCAGUUAAGAUUCAAAAGGACAGUGAAGUGAGACUAAAGAUAAUAGGGACUCGAGUUGAUGCUACUGAAAUUUUCUGCAUAGGUACCAUAAAAGAUGACUUUCUGGGUGUGAUCAACGAUCCUACAACAGUUUAAACACCCCUUACUGUAUCAUUCUGUUGAAAAUAGGAGCAUUUAAUGAUUGUUACUUUUCUAACAAGCAUAGUUGUCGUGUUUAGUUAAGUUCAAUGUAUCCUUAAAAGUAGUUCUCCUGAAAAUAGUAGUAGUUAUUUUGUUAUCAUUGUAUUAUUUUAUUAUUAUAAAUAGAUCACUCUUCUGAGUGAAAAACCUACUAUCGAUAUCCAGAAAAUAAAUCUUGUUUCUCUAU